AUGCUGGCGUUAUGCAGCGGGCUGGUGUCUCGGUUGGAGGCCAAUCCUCGUCUGAGGGACGAAUUCGUCUGGGGAAACCGAGACGAACAGGUGGACCGCAUUUGUCUCUCACAGUCCGUCGUCAUCGAACCAACCUGGGAGGCGUUCUUUAGUUUCUUCCAGCCAGUUACGAGGCUCGUUUCAUUCAUCCCUCCGAAGUCCGAUCAGGUGGUGCGUUACAUUCGCGUCUGGACGGAUGCACCGUGGCAUCGGUUCCGGGCCGAGCUGGUUCAUGGCGGAGUAGGCACCAAGGCACCAGCUGCCACCAUAAUUCAGCUGAGCCGUCACUGGAUGCUGUUUGCCAAUGUUGUGAUCUACUGCGCUACUUAG